UCGAUCUCUCCCUGCUCCACCACCACACCUCCUCCUCGUACAGAGCGAACAGGGCGGCGCCGGCGAGGGCGAGGGACAUGGGCCGGCGAAAGUUCCGGCUCUCCGACAUGAUGCCCAACGCGUGGUUCUACAAGCUCCGGGACAUGCGAGCGCGGGGCCGCGGCGGCGGGGGUGCAGGUGCAGGUGCAAUGCAGCCGCCGCUGUCGUCGUCGCCGUCGACGUCGUUGAUGAGGGGGAGCGGCAGGUCGGCCCGGCAGGCGGCCGGCACGCCGAGGCUGGGGCUGGGGCCCUCCUCGUCGCUGCCGCACAGGGCGUCGUACUACUACACCACCAGGGACAGGGAGCCCCCGCCCCCGCCGUCGCCUCCGCCACCGAGGGGCGUGGAUGAUAGGCUCUCUUCCCUGACGCUGUCGCCGACGAGGAGCCGCAGGAGGCGGCACAGGGUUGGGCCCGUCAGGCUUGGUUCGACGGAGACGGAUCGCGUCGAGCUCGUACUGGCGCCGCCACCCGGCGAACACAACGACUGCCACUGCGUGCGAGGGCAGGACCAGGAGCAUGUGGCUGAUGCGUCCGGAAGCUCCCGGCGCCGGCGCGACAUGUUCAUGCAGCGUGAUGGCGGCCGGGGAAGAGAGUUCGGGCGGCGGACGACGGUGGACGUUCCUGAGGUGAACACCGUCGAUGUCAAGGUGAUCACGUCGGACGCAGACAUAAUCAUCGAUCUCGGUGGCGACGACGAUACGCCAGAGAGGGUGCUCCGGCCUAUCAUGACCAGGUCGGCGAGGAAGAGGCUCGACUGGUGCGAGCAGGCGGAGGUGAAGCACGUCGACCUCGCCGAGCUGAUGACGCCGAGAGCGAGCUCUGCCUCGGAGCAGAGCAGCACGGGGGGCAAGCCGAGGCGCUCGUCCGUGUCGUCGAGGCGCCGCCUCAAGACGCGCACCAACAGCCCGCGCCUAGCCGCCUGCAGGAAGUGCAAGCCGACGGCUCGGCCAUCGACGCUGCCGCAGCAGCAGCAGCAGCCGCCGCCGCCGCUCGCGGACAGCUUCGCGGUAGUGAAGUCGUCGUCGGACCCGAGGAGGGACUUCCUCGAGUCGAUGGAGGAGAUGAUCGCCGAGAACGGCAUCUGCGGCGCCGGCGACCUGGAGGACCUCCUCGCCUGCUACCUCUCCCUCAACUCCGCCGAAUACCAUGACCUCAUCGUCGAGGUGUUCGAGCAGGUCUGGGCCGGCCUCGCCACUGCCAGUGGCGCCAUGCCAUGAGAAAACGCCAAGAGGUCAUCUCACCCUCACCAAGCCUCCAUGCAUCCUCAUUGAUUGCUGCUCGGUGAAUUACUGAAUCCCGCCAUCGAUUACAGUACUUCACUAGUUUUAGUUAUUUGACUUCUAGCUAAUUGUUAAUUAGCAGCAAGAAAUUCUCCAUAAACAAAAGAAAUAAGAUCGAUCCAAAAGUUUGGUUCUUUUCUUGCUA